AUGAUACUUAAACAUGCCGACGUGAAAACUGCGUAUUUGCAUGGGAUUCUAGAGGAAACAGUGUACAUGCGCCCUCCGCCUGGUGUCAAUGAAGAGAAUAGAGUGUUGAAAUCACUUAAAUUUGAGCAAUCCAAAAAUGAUUCGUGCCUCUACAUUCGUCGAGAUGGAAAGAAAUGUGUCUAUUUGGUGGUGUAUGUCGACGAUCUAGUUAUUGCCUGUGAAAAAGAGAAAGAAUAUGCUGAAAUAUUACGAGAGCUAAACCAGCACUUCGAUGUGAUGUCAUUGGGCGACAUCAAACAUUUUCUUGGUAUUGAGGUUAAUCGAUCAGCUGGAGGAAUCAGUCUUAAUCAAACAACGUACAUCCAGAAGCUGUUGGAUCGGUUUGGAAUGACUGAUGCAAAGCCGUCAAAGUUUCAUCUUAGCCCUGGCCACAUACAAUCAAAGGAGGAGGAUGAAGCAGAAAAAUUGCCAAACAAUCACCAAUACGCAAGUUUGAUAGGUGGUUUAUUGUAUGUGGCAGUUAAUACGCGUUCGGACAUUUCGGCAGCAGUAUCGAUCCUGGGUAGGAAAACCAGUUGUCCAACUCAUGCUGACUGGCUGGAAGCAAAGCGAGUAGUACGUUACCUUAAGCGAACUUUGCACGACGAGUUAUUUCUUGGCGUGGAUAAUUCAUCACUAAAAAUCUAUGUUGACGCCGAUUGGGCAGGUGACUCGAAUGAUAGGAAAUCAACAUCCGGUUUCUUGUUUCGUUUUCAUGGUGGAUACAUAAGCUGGAGCUCAAAGAAACAAACUUGUGUCACACUUAGCAGCACUGAAGCAGAAACCAGUGCGGUUCUAGGAACCACCGCUUGGCAGAAGCCUAGCGAGUCUGAGAGACACCCUGGUCUGAGUGAACGGGAACGGAAGCCACGGAGAUCGCAUCGGGUCGCGGAUUCAGCGAUCGUGAACAUCGUUCUUCAAUUAAGCCGGAAGCGGAAGGCUCAGUGGCAGAUAGCACAACCGCGCGGAAGGCUCGAGGGAGAAGGAGAACCUUGCAACGGUGUCCACUGUGGCACUCUGGGAAUUACGUGCGCAGCUAUGCUCGGGGUCUGGUAG